AAGAACAAAAAUUUCAUUAAACAGCCAUUUCCUUUUUCUCUGGUUCAAGUUGUGAGUGAUGAUCAGGAAAAGUGUCAGUAAUUCCAACCAUAAUCAACGGUCGAAUUUAUGGCAAAGAUGUACAAGUUUCAGAAAACUUAAACAAAUCCAAGGUUUGAUGAUAAUCAAGGGAUUCAAUUCAAACCCAUAUUCCCUUAGAGAGUUAAUAUAUACAUGUUCUGUUGGUUUAUCAGGAAGUAUGGAUUAUGCUCAUAAACUGUUUGAUCAAAUUACCGAACCAGAUCUUUUCAUUUGGAAUACUAUGAUUAGAGGUUCAGCUCAGAGUUCUAAACCUAUCAAAUCCAUGUCUUUAUAAACAGAUGAUUCAAAAAGCAUUCAACCAGAUAAUUACACUUACCCUUUUGUUCUUAAAGCUUGCACAAAACUUUCUUGGAUUCAGAUGGGCAAUCAAAUCCAUGGGAAAGUUGUAAAAAUCUGUUUAGAAUCGGAUACUUUUGUGAGAAAUACUUUGAUCCAUCUUAAUGCAAAAUGUGGGGAUUUGAAGGUGGCAGGGGUUCUUUUUGAGGGAUCAGGGAACAGGGAUGUAGUUGCCUAUUCGGCUUUAACAGCUGGAUAUGCCAGAAGAGGAGAAUUGGAAAUUGCUAGGCAGUUAUUUGAUGAAAUGCCUACAAGAGAUAUGGUUUCUUGGAAUGUUAUGAUUACGGGAUAUGUCAAGUGUGGGAAUAUGGAGAGAGCGAGGAAACUCUUUGAUGAAGUCCCCCAACGAGAUGUGGUUACUUGGAAUGCGAUGAUUGCAGGUUAUGUUCUUGCUGAGUCUUAUGAAAAAGCUUUCGAGAUGUUUGAGGAGAUGAGAAUUGCAGGAGAACAGCCAGAUGAAGUGACAAUGCUGAGUUUGUUAUCUGCUUGUACAGAUUCUGGAAGUCUGGAUAUUGGGGAGAGGAUACAUCGCUCUAUGACGGGGAUGGGGUCAAGAAAUUUAAGUGUUGUUUUGGGGAAUGCGCUUGUUGAUAUGUAUGCUAAAUGUGGGUACAUUGGGAAAGCAAUUGAAGUGUUUAGGGGGAUGAGGGAAAAAGAUUCAUCGACGUGGAAUUCGAUUAUUGGGGGAUUAGCUGUACAUGGUUAUGCUAAGGAGUCGAUCGAUUUGUUUGAAGAGAUGCAAAGAGAAAAAACUCAGCCAGACGAGAUCACAUUUAUUGGAGUAUUAGUUGCUUGUAGUCAUGGUGGGAUGACCGAAAAGGGCCGUAAGUAUUUUGAGCUUAUGAGAAUUCAAUAUGGAAUAGAGCCUAACUUGAGGCACUAUGGUUGUAUGGUAGACAUGUUAGGACGAGCAGGGCUACUUGAAGAAGCAUUUGAAUUUGCAGAACUGCUGGACGUUGUACCAAACCCUAUAAUUUGGAGGACUUUGCUUGCUGCUUGUAGGAUACAUGGUAAUGCUGAGCUGGGUAAACGUGCAAACGAGCAACUUCUGGCAUCCAGACAUGAUCAAAGUGGAGAUUUUGUGUUGUUGUCAAAUAUAUAUGCAUCAGAAGGUCAAUGGGAAGGUGCACAGAGUGUAAGGAAGUUGAUGGAAGAUAGAGGAGUGAAGAAAGAAACUGGUUGUACCCUAAUUGAGACUGAUAACAAGGAACUAAUGCAUUUUUUAUUUGAUUCAAAAUCCACGGCGACUUCAAGAAGCCAUAAUCUUUGAUUAUACUUCCAAGGGUUAUAGGGAUACUGCACACAAGUGCAUACCAUCCAGUUUUCAGAAAUCCGAUUGCACUUAUGGAGACUGGACGGAACAGUUUUCUGAAAUUCCAUUGAGCUUAUGGAGACUGGAUGGAACAAAAAUGUCGAUAUCCAGGUAAUCUGGUCUGUUGGGUUAAAACAUUUGAUGGUUUUUCUAUAAAACCGAGAAAUCUGAGUUGAUCAGCUGAAAUUUGCAGACGUUCAUUGUUUCAUUAGUUGGUAGAUAUGAUGAUCAUUUGCCUAUGCCACAGAUUGAGAAUCCUUUGUUCCCAUUAUAAGAGGCGGUUGAUUGCACUGCCUUUUGCUGGACUUAUAUCCUCAUUCCAAAAGGAUCUAAACUAAAUUUGUUGCAAAUAUUUAUUGCACCAGAUCCAGAUUCAGCAUUUAUCUGUCACCAGAUCCAGAUUCAGAUUCAGCAUUUAUCUGUCAAAUAAUGCGGCGCUGGUAUGAGGCUGUUGCCUGCGGAAGAAAAUGAGAGCGAAUUUGUAUAUCGAGCAAAACAACAGAGGUUUGGCCAGUGAUAAAAAGAAACAAUGCUAGAAACCUUAUGAAGAAAAGGAACAACAGUGGUUGAAGGAAUAAUUUGACUUUCUUGAUUCUUACGGGUGUCAAGAACCAGUUAAAGAUGAAGCUGAAGAGUCUGACAGCGAAGGAGAGCCAGAGCCGGUGGAAGGAGACCCGGUACUCCUAAUUCAGUAGACCUUCUAGUAGCAGAAGAUGAGGCUCUGGACAUCGAGGAGAAUCAGUACUUCUUUGCGGGAUACUUGAUUACUUGCUCAGAUGUGUGUUCUAGGCAUUGUAGAUAACUGUUACUUUCAUCUUUCAUGUAAUGAAAGUGCUUUGGCCAUCAUUUUUUUGUGGGGCUUGCAUGAAGAUGAUUGAAGAGCUGAUUUUUUUAUGGUGUUGUUCCCUAAAUCCAACUGAUCACCAUAAUUUUGCCAUCUCUUUGAUCAUCCUGCAAUGUCUAACCCUUAAAAAUCAUCCUUGAAACUGUCAGAAUUUUGCCAUCUCUUUCUGGUUGUUAGCUAUGCUUUUUGAACUUCUGAAUUCUGAUACAGCUGAAAUAAAGCAAUUACUUCUGAUUAUUUAUAUCGUCAUUAUACCAGAAAAUUGGUGGCACAACAAUAAAGCUGUGGUUAAUCGCAUAACUGGAGGAGUUUUUUUGUCUACAUCUCGUCAGAUUUCGAAUGUUGGCGUACUGAUGUCUAUUUGUGAGUAGA